AGUUAUUGCCGUUUCUUCGAAGAUGUCUCGUAGCCGGAGAUUGCAUACCAAGAGCCUAGAGAGCUUGUUGGACCGUGAUCAUAACCAGGCAGCGAGACGACGAGGAGUAGAAAUGCCGGAGAAGAUUGUCUAUAAACAUGGUCAAGGGCUUGAGUUCAAAAACUUAUCUUACAGUGUAAUGAAAAAGCAAAAGAAGGAUGGUGUUUGGAUUACUAAAGAGGUCUUCCUUCUCAAUGACAUCUCCGGUCAGGCUCUCCGCGGUCAUGUCACUGCCAUUCUUGGCCCCAGCGGAGCUGGAAAAUCAACAUUUCUUGAUGCUUUGGCCGGCCGGAUUGCUAGUGGGAGCCUCGAGGGCUCUGUUAGCAUUGAAGGCAGGCCGGUGACAACCAACUACAUGAAGAAGGUGUCGUCUUAUGUGAUGCAAGAUGAUCAACUCUUCCCCAUGUUAACAGUGUAUGAGACUUUCUUGUUUGCUGCCAAAGUUCGUCUUCCUCCAUCUGUUUCUAAUUCUGAGAAAACUAGACGUGUUUGGGAAUUGAUUGAUCAACUCGGCUUACAAACAGCAGUGCAUACAUAUAUAGGGGAUGAAGGAAGAAGAGGAGUAUCAGGAGGCGAGAGGAGGAGAGUGUCGAUAGGGAUCGACAUCAUACAUAAACCAUCGCUCUUGUUUUUAGAUGAGCCAACAUCUGGUCUAGACUCCACAAGCGCAUAUAGUGUUGUCGAGAAGGUGAAAGACAUCGCCAAGGAAGGUAGUAUUGUCCUCAUGACCAUUCAUCAACCUUCUUAUCGAAUUCAACUCCUUCUCGACCACAUUACCGUCCUCGCAAGAGGGAGACUGAUUUAUAUGGGGAAUCCAAAGGCACUCCCUAUCCAUCUCUCCGGCUUCGGCCGGCCGGUCCCUGAUGGUGAAAACAACAUCGAAUACCUUAUCGACGUGAUAAAAGAAUACGAUGAAUCCACCAUUGGCCUUGAACCCUUAGUUCUCUACCAAAGAGACGGCCUAAAACCUAACCAAAUUGCCCAAACUCCCAUUCCUAAAACCCCUAAAACCCCAAGAACUCCCUUCCACAAAUCCUCAACUCAUUCUCUACGCCAACUCCAUCUCAACAGCCACCAAUUCUCCAACAGUCACUCAACUUCAUACAACCAAGACGACGAAGAUGACGAUGAUGAUGAAUUCGAUAAUUCACUAGGAAGAAAAACUCAAACACCAAUGCAACCAAGACUAGCUUCCUAUUUCUACAAAGACUUCUCCAAAUGGCUGUACCAUGGCGUCACUAGAACCCCUCAACCCUCUCUUCCUUCAUGGACUCCGGCGAGAACCCCACUUCCUACUCCGGCCAUCUCCAUCCACAACAACCAUCACCACAACAACCCAAUCAUUUCUCCUCAUCCACCACCUUCUCAAUCUUUACAACAACAACCUCAAGAAUUCACUGAACUAGACACCGGUCCAAAAUAUGCAAACCCAUGGUUCAAAGAGCUCAUAGUCCUCUCAUGGAGGACAUCCCUUAACGUCAUUAGAACUCCAGAGCUAUUCCUCUCCAGAGAAAUAGUCCUAACAGUAAUGGCCAUCAUCCUCUCAACUCUCUUCCACAACCUCCAUAACCACCACUUCAUCACUAUCAACCGUCUCCUAAACUUCUACAUCUUCACUGUCUGCCUCCUCUUUUUCUCCUCCAACGACGCCGUCCCGUCCUUCAUCCAAGAACGCUUCAUCUUCAUCAGGGAAACAUCUCACAACGCUUACCGAGCCUCAACCUAUGUCAUCUCCUCCAUAUUAGUCUACCUUCCCUUCUUCGCCCUCCAAGCUUUAACAUUCUCCAUUAUCACUAAAUUCAUGCUCCAGCUGCAGAGCAGCCUUCUCUUCUUCUGGAUUAUACUCUUUUCAUCUCUUAUCACAACCAACGGAUAUGUCAUGCUUGUGAGUGCCUUAGUACCAAGUUACAUCACCGGCUACGCCGUCGUCAUCGCCACCACUGCUCUCUUCUUCCUCACCUGUGGAUUCUUCUUGAAGAGAAGCAAGAUACCUAUUUACUGGCGUUGGCUUCACUAUAUUUCAGCAAUAAAAUAUCCAUUUGAAGCAUUGUUAAUCAAUGAGUUCAAAGGUGAUGCAUGUUAUGCAGGAGAGUACAGUGAUCUUUCUCCGGGGCCAUUGGGAGAUAUCAAGGUGAGUGAACUUCACCGGAGCUUGAACACUAGUUGUGCUUUGAUUGGAGAAGAUGUGCUUAGUAGUAUGGAUAUUCAGGUUACAAGCAUUUUGGUUGAUGUUGUGAUAUUGCUUGCUUGGGGUGUGCUUUAUAGGUUUUUCUUUUAUCUUGUGCUUAGGUUUUAUUCCAAGAACGAGAGGAAGUAGUGGCCUUUGUUUUUUGUUUUUAUUUUUUAUUUUUUUUUCAGAA